AUGUUAAAUAUAAAACCGACAAUGUAAACACACGCACGUGCCCAUCUUCCGCAGUUAUAUAUUACGUAUAGGCGUAACGUAACGCAUGCAUCGAAAUUCCGAGCAAAAAUAGCAAACUGCGGUGCGUGCAAACAGGAGACAGGCAGCUUCCGACGCCGAUAAAUGAUACUGUCCACCGCCGGAAAGAUUUGCUUCCGAAAAACGGCCCAUCGGGAGAUUUGCUCGCUCGCGCGGCACAUCAACAAGCGGUGGCUAUCUGAACUGAACAAGCAAAACAGCGCUGCCGGGGGGCAUGAAUCGGCAAUUGCGGUAGCUGCUUGUCAAACUGUCACCAGCGCGCAGCAAACGGCAAACAGAUUCUGUAGGAAAAAGGCGAAGACUCUAGACCAGACCAGCGUACCACCAGCGGAUAGUAUUGUGCGAAAGGAAAUGGAAAGUGUUGUUGAUGUAAAGUUUCCCGUAACAUCCCUUGUGCCGAAGAAUGAAACUGGUGCGCUUAGCUUCAUCCGGAUGUAUCCGGAGUACGAUGGCCGGGACGUGACGAUUGCAAUCCUGGACUCCGGCGUUGAUCCCCGGGCAAAAGGUUUAGAGCAAGUCCCCGGCGGAGGCGUUAAGGUCAUUGAACGGUUCGACUGUUCCGGGUGCGGCGAUGUGGACACCAGCAAGACGGUUACGGCCGGUCAGGAUGGAACGAUUGUGGGUCUUUCCGGCCGCAAGUUGCAGCUGUCCUCCACAAUGAAGGCGAAAAAUACCGCCGGCUCAGAGUAUCGUGUAGGGCUGAAGAGUGUGCACGACCUUUCACCGUCGCGCAUCCGCGAACGCAUUUUGAGCGACCUGAAGGUAAAAACCUGGGACGAUCGGCAUAAGGUGGCAGUGAGCGAGGCGGCCAGAGAGCUGAGCGAUUUCGAGGCCAAGCUUCCCCCGUCCGGAGUGAGCGGAAAGGAAAAGCUGGUGAAGGAAAAUCUCGAGAGCACGCUCGAGUUCCUGAAUACGUGCGACAAAAAGUUUACCGAUCUGAAAACGUCGUACGACUGUGUGCUGUUCCCGACGAAGGAUGGCUGGAUGGCGGUGAUCGACACUACCGAGAAAGGUGAUCUGGAAAAUGCGGUCCAUGUGGUGGAGUACACCCGGUCGCAUCAGGUCGUCAAUUUGGACGAUUUUCUGUCCGUUUCGAUUAAUGUGCACGACGACGGAAACGUGCUUGAGGUCGUCGGUGUAUGCUCGAGUCAUGGAACUCAUGUUGCGUCAAUUGCUAGCGGCUACCAUCCCGAUGAUCCCGAGCUGAAUGGUGUCGCACCGGCAGCCAAGAUCGUGUCGCUAACCAUCGGCGAUGGACGGCUGGAAUCGAUGGAAACGGGAACGGCGCUGGUCCGGGCCAUAAUCAAAGUGAUGGAAUUGUGUGAAGCGGGUCGGAAGAUCGAUGUCAUCAACAUGAGCUACGGAGAGCAUGGCCACUGGUCGAAUUCGGGUCGCGUUGGUGAGCUUAUGAGCGAGCUUGUAAACAGAUACGGCGUGGUGUGGGUAGCUUCGGCCGGCAACCAUGGUCCGGCACUUUGCACCAUCGGUACACCGCCCGACAUCAGCCAACCGAGCUGCGUCGGUGUCGGGGCGUACGUGUCGCCGGAAAUGAUGGAAGCGGAGUAUGCACUGCACCAGAAGCUACCGGGCAACGUGUACACCUGGUCCUCGCGAGAUCCUUGCAUCGAUGGAGGGUUCGGGGUGACGGUUUGUGCGCCGGGUGCAGCCAUUGCUUCCGUACCACAGUUUACCAUGUCCAAGGCACAGCUGAUGAACGGUACCAGUAUGUCCGCACCGCAUGUGGCCGGUUCGGUCGGGCUGUUGAUUUCGGGAUUGAAGCAAAAAUCAGUCCCAUACACAGCCUUCAGCAUUAAGCGCGCCCUGUGGAAUACGGCCACCAGAAUUGAUUACGUCGACAAGUUUGCGCAAGGCAAUGGAUUGUUGAAUGUGGGCAAAGCGUUCGACAAUCUUGUCACGUACAGUGGGCUGCUAGAAAACAAGCUCCGGUUCGCCGUUACGGUGGGCAAUAACAACGCGAAAGGCAUUCAUAUGCGGCACGGCGUGCUUACGAAGGUGGAAGACUUUUCCGUCAACAUAGAGCCGGUCAUGUUCAAUGAGAAGUAUGCUGAAGCGACAGACAAGAUCAAUUUCAACGUGCGGCUAACGCUCAUACCGACGGAGCCUUGGAUUACCUGUGGCAACUAUCUCGAUCUCUGCUACUCGGCACGCAAGAUCUCCGUCAAGGUGGAUCCGUCCGGAUUGGCGCCGGGCGUGUACAGAGCGAGCGUGAAAGCGUACGAUUCGGCCUGCCCCGAGAAGGGAGUGCUGUUCGAGAUCCCGGUCACAGUGGUGCAGCCGCACGUAGUCGAUCCUAAGUCGAAUGAAUUUGUGCGCGGCGAUUUGCCGGUCGAUUGCAAACCGCACACCAUCAUACGGGACUUUAUCUUGGUGCCGAAGUAUGCGACCUGGGCCGUGAUUGAGAUGCGUUCGGCCGAUUCGAACGAUGCUGUGGGAGGUAAAUUUUUCCUGCACACGCUUCAGAUCCUGCCGAUGAAGUUCUGCAAGGCGAUGGAGAUGCAAAAAAUACUGCCGGUCAAUGGUAUCGCUCCGACGGUGCAGCCCGUGCGAGUGGAGGGUGAUCAUAUAAUUGAAAUCUGUAUUGCCAAGUUUUGGUCAAACUUUGGAACGCUGCCACUGCGCUAUUCGGUGAAAUUCCACGGUAUAAGCCCAUUGAAUGGCUCGGUUAUGCACAGCGCAAGCGGGAUCCAUCGGAUCGAUUUAACUGCUCUGGCCAGCGAGGAAGUGCAUCCGGUGGUUUCGUUAAAAACGGCGGCAAUGGUUCUAAAGCCAUCGGAAACCAAGGUGACACCGCUGACGGCGCGCGAUGUCAUCCAUCCGGCGAGGCAAAUCUAUCAGACGCUCAUCACGUACCAGCUGCACUUGGCGAAGGGCUACGAAGUGGCCUUCUACACGCCACUGUUCAGUAACAUUCUCUACGAGAGUGAGUUCGAGUCACAGUUCUGGAUGGUGUUCGAUGCCAACAAGAUGAUGGUGCGCUGUGGCGAUGCGUACUCGUACGACAAGUACGAGAAGCUGGAGAAGGGCGACUAUACCAUCCGUCUGCAGGUGCGCCACGAGAAGAAGGAGCUGCUCGAGAAGCUGACGGAAGCGAACAUGAUCGUGAACUUCAAGCUGGCCAGCAACAGUCUCUCGGUGGACGUGUACAAAUCGUACAAUCAGGUGCUGUCGGGUGCCAAAAAAAUGACCAGCUGCUUCCUGGCGGCCGGCGUCUGCCGUCCCAUCUACCUAGCACCAAUCACGAGCGAGAAGCUGCAGAAAGCGUCCAUACCGCCGCAGUGUUCCUGGCUGGAAGGCAACAUUACGUACGCGAAGGAGGACAUCAUCAAGAAGUGUGUGUCGCACAGCUUCCAGUACAUACUGACCGAGGGUCCACCGGCAAAGAAGAGUUCCACUGCGGCCGCUAGCAAUGCGACCACUGGGAAUAGCGGUGUCACUGCCAACGGAAACAAUGCGGUCGGUGGUGGUUCGAACGGAACCGGCAGCGUUACUAGGGGGCCGAAUGGAGCUUCAAAUGGCGGUCUGCCCAAUGGUACGGUGGCGAAGGAAACCCGAAGCAAAUGGGACGAAUAUUGCGAAGGUUUGCGCGAUUAUCAGACGGCGCAGAUAUCGAAACUGGAUUCGGAACACGCGGAGAAUCUGUAUCACGCGGUGCUGAAGGAUAAUCCCAACCAUCUGGCAGCUCAUUUGGCGAUGGCCGAUCACUUUGAUAGCAGCGAGCUGAAGCUGAACCUGCCGCACGCAUUUAUGCGAUCGCUCGAUCCGUCUGACCCGGCACCGGCGACACUGUUGAAGGUGAAGCUGCUGCGCAUCAUCGAGCUGACCGGCCUGGUGGUGAAGGAAGUGGAUCAGAAUGCGCUUCUUGCUUACUACGGCAUGAAGGUUGAUAAUCGACCGAACGCAGCAAAGAUUAAAGUUCAAAUGGACAAACAGAAGCAGCUUCUGCUGGAUGCCUGCCAGCGCAAGUUCGUGGCCUUGUGCAAGCUGAAGAUUGUGCAAAACUUGUACGAUGCUCAAGACGUCAGCCAACCGGACUAUGCCGACGAGCUGGACCAGCUGUACGGUGAUGUGGGCAAAUUUAUCGAAUACACCGAUUCGAAGGUGCUGUUGCUCACGAUUUGGCAUGCAUUUUCCCUAAAGCAGCACGGUCGCAUGAUCAAGUAUUUGAACAAGCUGUACGAGGACAAGCUUAGCCGCGACAUACUGGAGGAAAUACGUGCCGUCGUCGAGGAGAAGAAGUGGCCGCACGUUCAUCAGCAGCUUUCGAAAAUUAUCGUAUCAUCCAACCCUCAGGGAUAUCGACUGUUCUAAGGUGGCCGUUGGCUUGGAGAGCGCGUUGGGGUUCACCGUCAGCUGGAUAGAAGAAAUUUCGCAUUUUAUUCUAACGUAACUCUUCGAAACGUUCUCGGGCAGUUGAUUUAUUCGGCUUCAAUAAAUCAAUCCCGCAAAUCUUUUCCCGUGUUUCAUAAAAGCGUCGUUUUACACUAAAUAAAGACUGCGAAUCGAUCGUUUGUAAGCGAGUGUAGUAUUAAAAAUGCAGUGUUUCGGUUUUACCAUGAUUUGAUCUAAUUUUUGGGCACGACCACAAUAUUUUCAUGCGCCAGUUAGUGUAAACCUGAACUGUAUGGUGUCUUUCACCUUGAAUCACGAACAAAACGUUCAAACAUGCGUGCAUUGAUUGCUUUUCUGCAGACCGAAAUUAGUUAAUUAUUUAGCAAAUUAUUCUCAAUAAUCGCGUUUUUUUGUAGAUUUCUUCAAUCAUAUGGAUAACCGGAGAUUAACUGCCAACAAUUGCACCUUACUUUGUUCCAUUACACCGCCCAACGUGGACGGAGUUCUCAUCAGGGCUUCACAUCUAAAUACGUACAUUUGGUAGUAAAUGUAACAUAGUUAAAACUUAACUGUUUAGGGUAUCAUUUGGACUGACCUAAACACCGAAUGCAUUAAAUGAAGUAAAAUAAAAAAUUUUGCUCUUUGUCUAACGAA